AAGUUAAACAUUGAGUGCUGCGUGUUUACGUCACUUUGAGUUUCUCUCUUUGAGUGUUUUCGAGAGUGUUGUUUGUGUUUAGUUGAUAAUCAUUUACAUCACAUGUGGAUGAGAUGUGCUCCAGAAACACGCAGGACUCAGAGCUCAGCUUCACCUUACUUUCUUACAACGUUACUAACACAAACAGCACAAACGCUCAGGACCCUGUGUGUGACAGUAAUCACACCUUGAAUCAGGAUGAAUCUACUGAUCUAACUUCCACGGAGUCUCUGGAUUCUGUCUGUAACGCUGGAGAACAGCAGAUCCUGCACAACGUACAACUGAAGAUGUGUUCUGUCAAACUGAUGGACUGCAGGAAACUAAUGGAGAGAAAAGCAGAACUCACGUCUGAAGAAGAACAAACCGAUGAAGAUGAGAAGCAUGAGGAUUUUGUUCCUUCAGUCAAAUUAAAGACAAAAUCAAAAAGCACGUCAGGUGAAGAACAGAUUGAAGAAGAGAAUGAGAAUCAUGAUGAUGAUGAUGAUGAAGAUUUUAUUCUUUCAGAUAAGAGAAGUGAUUCUUGUUGUGAUGGAGAAACGGCCUCUACAUCAAAACAGCAACUGAUAGCACAAGCACAGCAGUGUGGAAGAGUUUGUCUCUCCUCUUCUAAGCUGAAAGAUCAUAUGAGGUCACACAGUGAUGAAAAGCCUUUUUACUGCAAUGAAUGUGGAAACUGUUUCAGAUCCAAACAAGGUCUUGAUGAUCAUCAGAGAAUUCACACAGGGGACAAAACACAGAAGUGUCCUCACUGUGAGCAAAGAUUCAACCAAAGAACUCAUCUGACAAGACACGUGCACAGUUUACACACAGGUGAGAGACCGUUUCAGUGCAGCGAAUGUGGAAAAACCUUUAAGAGGUCAGAUGCUUUAAAAUCACACCAAAGAACACACUCUGCGGAAAAACUCUAUCAAUGUUCACACUGUGAUAAACGCUUCUUUAAACAAUCUUAUUUGGUAUGCCAUGAGAGAAUUCACACUGGAGUGAAACCUUACCUCUGCUCUGACUGUGGAAAGAGCUUUUCUGAUCAUAGUACUUACAAAUAUCAUGUGAGAUCUCACACUGGAGAAAAACCUUAUGAGUGCAGCCUUUGUGGGCAUAGUUUUAGCCGACCAAGCAGUUUAACAAAACACCAGAGAAUUCAUACAGGAGAAAGACUUUACCAAUGCUCUCAGUGUGACAAGACGUUUGCUCGACAUGAUGUCCUGAGAAUCCAUGAGAGAGUUCAUACAGGAGAGAAACCUUACCACUGCUCCAUCUGCGGAAAGAGCUUUUCUGGACGAUCUAAUUUCAGAGUUCAUGAGAGAGUUCACACUGGAGAAAAACCUUAUCAGUGCAGUGUUUGUAAGAAGAGUUUCCCUCAACAGGUUAAUUUACUAAUGCAUCAGAGAGUUCAUACAGGAGAAAAACCUUACAAAUGUUUUCAUUGCGACAAGAUGUUUGCUCGACCAGGUGAUCUGAAACCCCAUGAGAGAGUUCACACUGGAGAAAAACCUUACCACUGCGCCGUCUGUGGCAAGAUGUUUGCUCGACCAGGUGAUCUGAAAUCCCAUGAGAGAGUUCACACUGGAGAAAAACCUUACCACUGCGCCAUCUGUGGCAAGAUGUUUGCUUAUAUAAAACGUUUUCAGACUCAUCAGAUGAAACAUGCUGAAGAACAAACUGCACAAGGAUCAUCACAAUCGACUUUUACCACAUCAACAGAUGCAGGCAUGGAGGAGAUGGGGAUGGAGUGUUUUCAUGAGUGUAAACAGAGUGUUGUUUGUGUUAAGUUGACGGCGUCACAUGUGGAUGAGAUGUGCUCCAGACACACGCAGGACUCAGAGCUCAGCUUCACCUUACUUUCUUACAACGUUACUAACACAAACCGCACAGACGCUCAGGACCCUGUGUGUGACAGUAAUCACACCUUGAAUCAGGAUGAAUCUACUGAUCUAACUUCCACGGAGUCUCUGGAUUCUGUCUGUAACGCUGGAGAACAGCAGAUCCUGCACAACGUACAACUGAAGAUGUGUUCUGUCAAACUGAUGGACUGCAGGAAACUAAUGGAGAGAAAAGCAGAACUCACGUCUGAAGAAGAACAAACUGAUGAAGAUGAGAAGCAUGAUGAUUUUGUUCCUUCAGUCAAAUUAAAGACAAAAUCAAAAAGCACGUCAGGUGAAGAACAGAUUGAAGAAGAGAAUGAGAAUCAUCAUGAUGAUGAUGAAGGUUUUAUUCUUUCAGAUGAGAGCAGUGAUUCGUGUUGGGAUGGAGAAACAGCCUCUACACCAAAGCAGCGACUGACACACAGUGGUGAAAAGUAUUUUUACUGCAGUGAAUGUGCCGUAUAUUUCAACACCAAAGGAAAUCUUGAUGCUCAUCAGAGAAUUCACAUGGGGGAAAAACCCCACAAGUGUCCUCACUGUGAGAAGAGAUUCAAGCGCAAAAGUCAUCUAAACAGACACAUGCGUUCACACACAGGUGAUGGACCGUAUCAGUGCAGGGAAUGUGGAAAAACCUUUAUGCGGUUAAACAUUCUAAAAACACACCAAACAAUACACACUGGGGAGAAACUCUAUCAGUGUUCACACUGUGAGAAACGUUUUAACUGUAAAAUGAAUAUGAAACGCCAUGAGAGAAUUCACACUGGAGUGAAACCUUACCUCUGCUCUGACUGUGGAAAGAGCUUUUCUGAUCCAUCUUCUUACAACUUUCAUGUGAGAUCUCACACUGGAGAAAAACCUUAUGAGUGCAGCCUUUGUGGGCAUAGUUUUAGCCGACAAAACAGUUUAACAAAACACCAGAGAAUUCAUUCAGAAGAAAGACUUUACCAAUGCUCUCAGUGUGACAAGACAUUUGCUCGACGAGAUGUCCUGAGAAUCCAUGAGAGAGUUCAUACAGGAGAGAAACCUUACCACUGCUCCAUCUGCGGAAAGAGCUUUUCUGGACGAUCUAAUUUCAGAGCUCAUGAGAGAGUUCACACUGGAGAAAAACCUUAUCAGUGCAGUGUUUGUAAGAAGAGUUUCCCUCAACAGGUUAAUUUACUAAUGCAUCAGAGAAUUCAUACAGGAGAAAAACCGUACAAAUGUUUUCAUUGCGACAAGAUGUUUGCUCGACCAGGUGAUCUGAAACCCCAUGAGAGAGUUCACACUGGAGAAAAACCUCACAAAUGCUCUCAUUGUGACAAGACGUUUGCUCGACCAGGUGAUCUGAAAUCCCAUGAGAGAGUUCACACUGGAGAAAAACCUUACCACUGCGCCAUCUGCGGCGAGAGAUUUGCUCAUUUAAAACGUUUUCAGACUCAUCAGAUGAAACAUGCUGAAGAACAAACUGCACAAGUAUCAUCGCAUCAUGACAGCCAUUGUCUCGUCAUUGGNAAACCUUACCUCUGCUCUGACUGUGGAAAGAGCUUUUCUGAUCCAUCUUCUUACAACUUUCAUGUGAGAUCUCACACUGGAGAAAAACCUUAUGAGUGCAGCCUUUGUGGGCAUAGUUUUAGCCGACAAAACAGUUUAACAAAACACCAGAGAAUUCAUUCAGAAGAAAGACUUUACCAAUGCUCUCAGUGUGACAAGACAUUUGCUCGACGAGAUGUCCUGAGAAUCCAUGAGAGAGUUCAUACAGGAGAGAAACCUUACCACUGCUCCAUCUGCGGAAAGAGCUUUUCUGGACGAUCUAAUUUCAGAGCUCAUGAGAGAGUUCACACUGGAGAAAAACCUUAUCAGUGCAGUGUUUGUAAGAAGAGUUUCCCUCAACAGGUUAAUUUACUAAUGCAUCAGAGAAUUCAUACAGGAGAAAAACCGUACAAAUGUUUUCAUUGCGACAAGAUGUUUGCUCGACCAGGUGAUCUGAAACCCCAUGAGAGAGUUCACACUGGAGAAAAACCUCACAAAUGCUCUCAUUGUGACAAGACGUUUGCUCGACCAGGUGAUCUGAAAUCCCAUGAGAGAGUUCACACUGGAGAAAAACCUUACCACUGCGCCAUCUGCGGCGAGAGAUUUGCUCAUUUAAAACGUUUUCAGACUCAUCAGAUGAAACAUGCUGAAGAACAAACUGCACAAGUAUCAUCGCAGUAGCAUCUUUUAUAAUUUUUAUCUACAGCGUCUAUAACCUUGGUGUAAUCAAGAAAAGUUUUGUGUUCUUGUGAAAUUAAUUUUCUGCAGUCUGUGGAACUAAUCAUCCGUUUGAAUUAUUCAUGGAGCGCCUUUAUCUACAAGACAUUAUUUUUGUCAUGAAUGAUUGGAUAUUACUCUGUGUUGUGUUGUAUGUCUAAUCAGUAACUUCUUGUUCAUGUGAGUAUUUUUAUAGUUAAUCAUUUACAUGUGCAGCAGAUAUUUUGUGAUUUCAUUAUUAUUCAUGAGCAGUUUUACAGUAGUUUUUUUACUAAUCUGAAUGAUUUUACUUUUCAUUCUCAACAAAUACUGAGUGUCACCCUCAAGUGUUUUUGUCACAGUCAUGACAGCCAUGUAAGUGUUUCAUGUCCAGUUUCUAGCGGCAUGAUCAUCAAAAAUAAAUUUUAAGAGUUGAGAGAGAAACGCUUUCACAUAAUUUCAAAGCUCAUGCCAGAGUUUCAGAGUAAAGGGAGACGUUACUGGAGGAAAACAUACACACAUCGGCUGCAACACACCAUCAAAAAAAUGACUGCCUUCAUCUGUGUACAACACACACACACACACACACUGUUUUUUUCUCUCUUUCACAUGCUGCUGUUUAAAAUGUUUUACGUCUUCAUUUCAUACAUUCUUUGUAUUUUUUCAAUGUAGGGGGCUAGGGGCUCACUUUACAUAAAUGCCAGAAAUGUACACAUAUGCGUUUACAUCUAGAUGUAAAGUAAACGCAGAACGUUACUCUUCAUUCGGGAUCUUAUUUAGUACGUCAAUAUUAAUGUUUAUGUAUUGUCCAUCAUUUAUAUAAUUGCCAUAUAUCAAACACAUCAUCACUCACAAUGUGGUGUUGAAUAUAGUAAAUGAUUUACUAUUAAAGGGUGUCAUGGCUUUGCUUCAUUUAGUCAUGUUUUUCUUGGUCCUGUAGCAGAGCCAUGACAAAGUCUUUGGUUAUGUGUGGAGAGAAACAUAUUAUUGUCCUUUUGACAAUAAUAUGCGUUCUCUCCAGUGUCUCGUCAUUGGUCCCGCUCCUCUCGUUUCCUUGUUAUCUUUCCCUGAGUGUUUGAUUACCCACACCUGCCCCCGUGUCGUUAUCCCUCGUUUGUCUUACCUAUAUAUAUACCCUCUUGUUUCUUUGUCCUGUGCUUGUGGAUUGUACCGUGGAUUGUAUUCAUGCCUGUUCAUCUUGAUUCCGUGCCUAGUGCUGUGUGUUCUUGUUCCGUGAGUUUAGUGUCUGUUAGUUUAUUGUAGUUUUUCCAGUGUGGUCCUUAGUCUUUGUAUUUUAGGUUAGUGAGUUUGUGUCUGUUUUGUUCCUCCAUUUAUUAUCGUGUUUUGUUCCCCACUGUGGGUUUUUGUUUUGCGUGUUUUUGUGUAAAAUAAAUAUAUUUUGUUAACCCCUUA